AAAGCACAAUCGACUCCCACUUUCUCUCCUAAUCGCCAGCCCCCAUUACUCCAAUUUCCCCACAUUUUUGUAUUUCUUUUUUCCCAAACAGAAAACUUGAGUUGAUUUUCGGUCAAUUAUUUCAUACCGACUCUAAAGUCUAAACCCACCCCUGACCCUUUCCUUUCUUUCCCCUUCCUCCCCUGCAUCCUUUUCCAACCAAAACAAUACCAAUUCAAACCACACGCCUUUCCCUUCUUUUCUAGGAAUAAAAGGAAAGCCCAUUUAAGCUCACUUUUUGGGGUGGUUUUAGAUCGUGAGCUUUUCGGUUUUCAAAACCAUGGCGGUUUCUUCUACUUUUUCCGGUGCUAAAUUGGAGACUUUGUUGGUCAAUCCUUGUUCAUCGUCUUCGGCUUCUUCAUUGCGGGCUUAUUUCCCUUGUCAGCAGCAAAUGAAGGCAUUCUUCAAUCCUAGUCUUGGAAUGAAAGGGGUGGUUCAGAAGAGUGGAGUUAGAUGUGAAGUUGCUCAAUCGGACUCCGCUUUGGAAGGCGAAAAAAUCGAUCCUUCUAAGGCUUCUGUACUCUCCGCUCUUGAACAGCUCAAGACUUCCGCAGCUGACAGAUAUACAAAGGAAAGGAACAGCAUUGUGGUCAUAGGGCUUAGUGUUCACACUGCACCUGUGGAGAUGCGUGAGAAACUUGCCAUUCCAGAAGCAGAAUGGCCACGAGCCAUUGGGGAAUUAUGUGGUUUGAAUCAUAUAGAAGAGGCUGCUGUUCUUAGCACCUGCAACAGGAUGGAAAUAUAUGUUUUGGCUCUAUCUCAGCAUCGUGGAGUCAAAGAAGUAACUGAAUGGAUGUCAAAGACUAGUGGCAUCCCAGUUUCAGAGAUUUGCGAGCACCGAUUUUUAUUGUACAACAAGGAUGCUACACAGCACCUCUUUGAUGUAUCUGCUGGUCUUGACUCUCUAGUUCUUGGAGAAGGUCAAAUUCUUGCACAAGUUAAACAAGUUGUCAAAGUUGGGCAAGGUAUUGUUGGCUUUGGAAGGAACAUUAGUGGGCUGUUCAAGCAUGCAAUUACUGUUGGGAAGCGGGUUAGAACAGAGACUAACAUUGCUGCUGGGGCUGUUUCUGUUAGCUCUGCUGCUGUUGAACUGGCUUUGAUGAAGCUUCCCAAGUCUGCACAUGCUACUGCUCGGAUGUUGGUUAUUGGAGCAGGAAAGAUGGGAAAGCUUGUAAUCAAGCACUUGGUAGCAAAAGGUUGCACCAAGAUGGUGGUUGUUAACAGAAGUGAGGAGAAAGUUGCGGCGAUCCGUGAGGAGAUGAAAGGUGUUGAGAUUAUUUACAGACCCCUCAGGGACAUGCUUGCUUGUUCAGCUGAAGCUGAUGUGGUCUUCACCAGUACAGCAUCAGAAAGCCCAUUGUUUUUGAAAGAGCAUGUCAAGGAUCUCCCCCCUGUCAGUUCUGAAGUUGGUGGUUUGAGGCUUUUCAUUGAUAUUUCUGUUCCACGAAAUGUUGGAUCAUGUGUCACAGAUGUUGAAGGUGCACAAGUUUACAAUGUUGAUGACCUGAAGGAGGUUGUAGCUGCUAAUAAAGAGGACCGGCUACGAAAAGCAAUGGAAGCUCAGGCCAUUAUUGCUGAGGAAUCAAAACAGUUUGAAGCAUGGAGGGAUUCGCUGGAAACUGUUCCUACCAUCAAGAAGUUGAGAGCCUAUGCAGAGAGAAUUAGAGCUGCAGAGUUAGAAAAGUGCUUAUCAAAGAUGGGUGAAGAUAUCCCAAAGAAAACAAAGAGGGCUGUGGAUGAUCUUAGCCGUGGUAUUGUGAAUAAACUUCUCCAUGGUCCAAUGCAGCACCUGAGAAGUGAUGGUAGUGACAGUCGAACUCUGAAUGAGACCCUCGAGAACAUGCAUGCGCUUAACAGAAUGUUUGGCCUUGAGACAGAUAUAUCUCUUUUGGAACAGAAAAUUCGAGCCAAGGUAGAACAAAGCCAAAAGUAAGCAUCAAUAUGAAUCUCUCACAUUACAAUUAAUAAUACUUCCUCACAAUCGAAUAAUAAGAGGAAAUCUCCUUACAUUGUCACAAGUGUUGGUCUGCUGUAAUCGAGUAACCAAUCAAAUUUAUGGUCCUUGCACCGAAUCUUACAAUUCAUUGGUUGAUGUAAGACAUUUUUGCUUGACACUUGUUUGGCUUCUAAUUCAUACGGCAUGUUUAUUAGUGCUCUUUCGGCAUUGUAGGGUGCAGUAUGAGGUGAACUUGAUCUGUGUAUCGAUUCAUUUAUAGAAUUUAUGAUAUCUAUGAGAACAGUAUUAAUCAUUGUAAUUAAUUUACUACUUAUUUUAAUA